GAAUAAACUGAUGCUUAGUUUUUCUUUUCUUAAACAGACCAUGGCCACUCACCACCAAACACAACAAAAAGCAGACCAAUAUCAUCUGUUGCGAGCGGAGGCCGUUCGAUCACGUCUCAUUGAUACUUUCUCUCUCAUUGAGCAUCUGCAAGGCUUGAGCCAAGCAGUGCCACGUCACACUGUCAGAGAGAUACUUGAUCCUUCUCGUCAGAAGAAAAUUAUGUUGGGAGAUCAACAUCAACUUGUGCGCUUCUCCAUAAGACCUCAUCAUGUGAAACGGAUCACAUAUAGCCAGAGACUUUUGAGCAGGCUAAAAAUCCGCUGCAGUAAGCGGGCCUCUCUUUCCUUGUGGGCUGGAUGGGUUCUUGAGUGUCCUCCCUUCACAAACUUCAUUGUCUUCCUCAUUUUUUUGAAUACGAUUGUACUGAUGGCUGAAAUAGAACUGCUAGAAGACCCAGAUGAAACAUUGUGGCAAGUCAAACUGGCUCUGGAGUCUGCAGCUUGGUUCAUCUUGCUUGCUUUCCUCUUGGAGAUCAUUAUUAUGUGGCUAUUCAGCUUUACCCUAUUCUGGAAGAAUACCUGGAAUGUCUUUGACUUUAUUGUCACUGUGUUGGCCGUGCUUCCUGAAGUGAUUGUGUUUGAAGAGGUAACAGGUCAGCCUGUGUGGCUGCAGUUGCUGAGGAUCUGCCGGGUGCUAAGGUCCCUCAAGUUCCUUGCAAAGUUCCCUCAAAUUCGCGUCAUUAUUUUGGCCCUUGUCCGGGCCCUUAAGAGCAUGACCUUCCUCUUGAUGUUGCUGCUCAUGUUCUUCUACAUUUUUGCUGUGGCUGGUGUCUACGUCUUCGAGAAUUACACCCGUUCAACUCUUAUGAACCUGAAGUAUCACACUUACUUCUCGAAUGUGCUGAAUUCCCUAGUGACAGUGUUCAUUCUUUUCACUUUGGAUCAUUGGUAUGCAUUUCUACAAGAUACCUGGAAAGUCCCUGAAGUCAGCCGCUUUUUCUCCAGCAUCUAUGUCAUCCUUUGGUUAUUACUUGGUUCCAUUAUCUUCCGAAAUAUCAUUGUGGCAAUGAUGGUUACUAACUUCCAGAAUAUCAGGAAUGAGCUGAACGAGGAGAUGGUACAUCUGGAGGUUCAACAGAAAGCUGACUUAUUCAAGCAGCAGAUUAUUCAGAGGAGACAAAAUCUGGCCCCUGAUGGGUUGAGAUCAAUUACCAGCAAAUUGGAUGCCAGAGUCAGUCAACAAGAGGGAACUUUGUCCACAGUAGAAGUGAAAACGUACACAGACACUGACAAUAGAGAUAGUUCCAGUUCUAUGACAGCCUCAAAAGAAAUCAAGCAAAAUAUAAAAAGGUCUGCAUCUUUAACUCCCUCAGGAUCUUUCCGUUCUCCUGUUUCCUCUGAUGACUCCAUACAAUUUGACACUCCUGGUUAUUUGGAUUGGGAGACUCACGUCCACCAGAAUCUUCCUGGGCUGAUGGAGAUGGAUCAGGAAGAAUCCAUUGUGUGGCCUAGGGACUCACUUUUCCGAUAUUUCGAGCUGCUAGAAAAACUUCAAUAUAACCUAGAGGAGCGUAAGCAGUUGCAAGAGUUUGCAGUGCAGGCACUAAUGAGCUUUGAAGACAAAUAAAGCCUACAAUGGAUGGCUUCUAUAUCUCUAGCAAAGAUAACGAAAGGGAUAGUUGGAAGCAGAGAAUUCAGAGUACAAGAUGUCUAAU